GUCACAUCUGCCAGCAUGAGCCAGCAGCUGUCAGCUGGGAGGUGUCGUCAUGGGAGGAAUUUCUCAGCAUCUUCUGCUGUGAGCGGUGUGAGCCGCUGCCAGAGCAGCACCUUCCCCUCUGCUGCACCACUGGGCAGAGGGCACGGAGCCUGGAGCAGCCAAAGCCUCUCUGACAUGGGGGGCUGGAAGUGGAUUUCUGCUGGCCACAGCCUGGCACGGGCAGGCUGUGGAGGGUGGGGACGCAGGGGUGUACGCGCCUGCAGUGAAAGGGGGGGUCAGGGGAGAGCCUUCAUCUGCAGAAAUGAAGGUAUUCAUGUGGUGCACGUCAACGAGAGUCUGCUGCAGCCUCUUGAUGUGAAGAUCGACCCUGAAAUGCAGCACAUCCGAAGGCAGGAGCGAGAGCAGCUGAAGAGCCUCAACAACCAGUUUGCCUGCUUGAUUGACAAGGUGCAGCGUCUGGAGCAGCGGAACAGGCUGCUGGCCACCAAAUGGGACCUCCUCCAAAAGCAGGUCCUGCCAUCCCAGAAGAACUUCAGGCAGGUCUUCGACAACUUCAUCUGCAGCCUGCAGAGGCGGCUGGACUCGCUGCUGCAUGAGAGGGAGAGGAUGGAGCCUGAGCUGAACAACACGGAGAAGCUUGUUGAAGAGUUCAAAUGCAAAUACGAGCAGGAAGCAAGCAGACGCACAGCUGCUGAGAAUGAGUUCGUGUUACUGAAGAAGGAUGCGGACUGUGUCUAUCUGACCAAGGCAAAGCUGGAAGCAAAGCUGGAAACCCUAAAGCAGGAGAGAGAGUUCCUGAAGUGUGUGUCGGCUCAGGAAAUUGCUGAGCUGGAGACAAGCCUCUGUGAUAACUCCAUUGUUGUGAAAAUGGACUACAGCCGAGGUCUGGACAUGGAAGGCAUCCUCAGGAGCAUUGAUUGCUGGUAUGAGGAUGCAGCUCAGAAAAGCAAGACAGAGUUGGAUGCAUUGUACAGAACAAGGUACCAAGAGCUUGAGGAGGCAAAGAGGAGUCAUUGCAAUCAACUCAAGUCCCACCAGCAACAGAUUGAAGAGCUGAGUUUUGUGAUCCAGAGAUGGCAGUGUGACCUUGAAAACGUGAAGAAGCAGGUGUUCUCUCUGCAAACAUCAGUUAGGGAUACUGAGCAGCGCGGGGACUGUGCCCUGAAGGAUGCGCAGAAGAAACACACGGAGCUGCAGAACGCCCUCCAGAAGGCCAAGAACGAGCUGGCUUCCAUGCUGCGGGGUUACCAGGAGCUGCUGAACGUCAAGCUGGCCCUGGACAUUGAGAUUGCAACCUAUAAGACUUUACUGGAGGGUGAAGAGAGCAGAAUAUGCAUUUGGAGCCCCGUGAGAGUGUUGAUCACCACACCUUGCAACAGCUCCUCUGGCUGCAAAGCCAGCCUGGGCUGUGGACCUGGUCUGCAGUGCAGAAGACGCGGGUCCUUCUGUGGUGCCAGGAGGGCAUCCCAGCUGGGAGAUGCUGCAGCCUGCCAUGGGGGGUUCACCUCGAGAAGCGCCGCCAGCUCAGCAGGGAGGUGCUGGGUCCCUGGUGCUCCCAGCUGUGGCUGCUUCCCCAGGAGUAGCUCUGGAUGUGGGGGCCAUUCGUGCCAGAGCUCAGCCCCCAUGGGUGCUGGUGGGCUCUGCAAAGGGGCUGGCAGACAGUGUGGGGAGAGCUGUGGAGCUGUGCAGAGCUUGGGAAACCCAACUUGCUCACGAGUGGUGCACUGGCCAGGGAAGGGGAUCCCAGCUGGGCCUCUGUGCCCCGGGAAUACCUGCAUCCGUCAAGGUGUCACUGCAGCGGGAUCUCCGUUCCUCUCCUGCAGCAGAGCUUCCCCCGAACCUCCACAUUCUGCCUCCACGGGAGCCACGAUGAGCAGACAGGCGCCCACGGUGAGGUCCGUGCUGGGACGGAGAGGUUUCAGCUCAGCCUCGGAGAUCUGCGGCCGAAGCUUCGCCGCCUCCGCCUGCCAGCCCGCCCGCUGCGGGGCUGGCGCCUACAGCAGCAGGAGCGUCUGCAACCUGGGUGGAAGCAGGAGAAUUUCCUACGUGAACGGGGUCUGUGGUACUGGAUGUUUCGGAGACUUCGGCUUUGGAGGUGUAGGCUACGGUGGUGUCGGAGGAAGGGUCGGCCUUUGCGGCCCCAGGGGAUACAGCAUCAUCAGAGGCUACCCCGAUCGCAAGGCUGACGGCAUCCAAGGCAUCUGCAUCGACGAGCGGCUUCUGAAGCCCCUCUGCGUUGGGGUCGACCCACUGGAGCAUGAAAUACGCUGCCAGGAGAAGGAGCAGAUAAAGACCCUCAACACCCAGUUUGCCUGCUUCAUCGACAAGGUCCGCUUCCUGGAGCAGCAGAACAAGGUGCUGGAGACCAAAUGGGGCCUCCUGCAGCAGUACGUGCUACCGAAGAAAGGGAAGAACCUCGAGCUGUACUUUGAGAACUACAUCUGUGACCUGCGGAAGCGCCUGGACUGCUUGCUGUGCGAAAAGCAAAAGCUGGGCAGUGAAGAGUGUGCCACGAGCCAGCUGGUAGAGGAGUUCAAGUGCAAAUAUGAAGAGGAAAUCAACAGGCGUACAACUGUAGAGAACGAGUUCGUAGCACUCAAAAAGGACGCAGACUGUAUCUUCUUGAACAAGGAAGAGCUGGAGGUGAAGGUGGAUCUGCUAAGAAGGCAAUUGGAGUUGCUGAAAUGUGUGUUUGAGGAGGAACGAGCUCAGGUAGAUCGCCAGUUAUGCGACACCUCGGUCAUUGUGAAAAUGGACAACAACCGAGACCUGGACAUGGAAAGUAUCAUUAAGAACGUGGAGUGCUGGUACCAAGAAAUAGCCCAGAAGAGUAAAGAAGAAGUGGAUGCCUUCUACCAAACCAGGUUUCAGGAGCUUCAGGAUAAAAGGGGCAAGUAUUGCGAUGAUCUGCAGAGCAACAAGUGUGAGAUUUCGGAACUAACCCGGAUGAUACAGAAGUUGCAGUGUGAGCUGGAGAAUGUGAAGAAGCAGGUCUCCUGCCUGCAAACUUCCAUCUGUGAUGUUGAGCAGCGCGGGGACUGUGCCCUGAAAGAUGCACGGGAGAAGCACGUUGAGCUGCAGAACGCCCUCCAGAAGGCCAAGGAUGAGCUGGCUUGCAUGCUGCGGGAUUACCAGGAGCUGCUGAACGUCAAGCUGGCCCUGGACAUUGAGAUUGCAACCUAUAAGACUUUACUGGAGGGUGAAGAGAGCAGGAUAUGUGUGGGGAACCCAGUGAGCGUGUCUGUGGUCAGCAGCGGCUACAAUAUCCCUGAAGACUGCGGGAUGCUGGCUGCGAACGCAGCCGCGUGUGGCUACGGCUCCCUGGGGAGGCGGUCCGGACGCCACAGCUCCCAGAAUGGAGGGUUCAGCUCCCGGAGCGCCGGGAUCCAUCCCAAGAGAGUCAUGAGCUCGGUGGCGAAGCAGUGCGUCCCAGAGGUGUACUGCCAAGCCGGGGGCGUCAGCUGCAAAAACGGGGGAUUCAGCUCCCGGAGCGGCGGGUACCCAGCCCGCACUGUCAUCAGCACGGGAAGCCCGGCCUUGAAUGCCAGGAUCGGGGCUUGCCAAGCUGGUGGCGUGGUCAGCUUUGGAAACCAAGGCUGCGUCAUCAGGCAGCUGGGGGGCUCCCCGGUCGUUGUUGCAAAUGGCCCCGAAGUUGUGGGGUGCAACAAUGGUGUGGUGGGGAAUUUCGGGGUUGUCAGAGACCCCUGUGUUGUUCCAUAGGGACAUCCACAGGGGUGGCGCAGCCAGGACCAUCAGAGCACAGUUCCUAUCACUGAGAUGAUGCAGAAUUGUUUCUCUGCCCACAAAUAGCACCAUUGUCACCAAGUCCAUUCCCAAACUCAUUAGCAUCAGACAUAUACCCCAUCAGGUAACGUUUUCAAAGUCCCCAACCCUAAAGUCACAUCUAGCAAGCUUCUCCAGCAGGUGUUCAACAUGGUGUUGUUUCCCUGAGUUUAUACUGCCUAGGUUAGUGCAGCUUUUAGGUUUUGUUUGUUCCACUGCCUUCCCUCCCUGGCUUUCCCAUAACGAGCAGAUUCAUUAGUGAUGUUCUUCCUUACAAGACACCUCUUCUUCUUACAGCACCUCCCAAAGCAUUUCAGAAAAGAGCAUGAUGGUUUAACUUUCCCAGGAGGCACUGCAAAGCGCACGUUCCUUUUCUUGUCAAAAAAUAAACCCUGAGCUGCAAAUCUGAGCUUAAAUUUUAAACAGGGCAAUUGCAACUUUCAAAGCACCUGCUAUUUACACUGCAGCCAUAGGCUUUUUGUGGAAUUUGCUUACAGAUGAAUACGUAGUACUUUCAUUUGCUUCUGCAUGUUAGGGGUGGCUAGUUCAAAGCGUGCUGAUUUUUAGAAGAGCUCACCCCCAUCCCCACCCCUGAAACACCAAGGAAGUUCCAAGGCUCUGAGUCUGACAUCUUUUACUCAUGUAAACUGAGCUUCCUUCAUUGACUGCUUGAAAUUCCCAGCUUUCCACUGUGCCUUCAAUAAACUGCAUUGAAAGUA